AUGGAGGUGGAGGUGCUCAGCCGCAUGCGCCACCCGCACAUCGUGCUGCUCAUGGGCCACUGCCCCGACGCCAUGUGCCUCGUCUACGAGUACCUCCCAGGUGGCUCGCUGCAGGACCACCUAAACCCCGCCGCCCGGGGUGGUGGGCGGCGGCCUUUGUCUGUGGGGGAGCGGGUGAGGGUGGCGUCAGAGGUGGCGUCGGCGCUGCUGUUUCUGCACCACCACGACCCGCCCAUCGCGCACCGCGACCUCAAGCCCGACAACGUGCUGCUGGACGGCAACCGCGGCUCCAAGCUCGCCGACGUGGGGCUGGCGCGCCUCAUCGCGGAGGACGACAACGUGACGGCGCGCGUGCGCGGCACAGCGGGGUACAUCGACCCCGAGGAGGUGGUGACGUGUGAGAUCAGUGUGCUGUCGGACAUCUACGCGCUGGGGCUCAUCAUGCUGCAGCUGCUCACGGGCGAGCCGCACGUCAAGGGCGUGCAGCGCCUGCUCGUCGACCUCGUGGGCAGCGGCGCCUACAACUCGGGCGCGGCAGGGCUGGCGCGCGCCGUGGACAUUGUGUUGGCGCGCCUGGACACUUCAGCGGGCGAGUGGGAGCGCGAGGUGGCGGUGGAGUUUGCGGGGCUGGCGCUGCGCUGUGCGGACCGGCAGCGCGCGCGGCGGCCAGAUCUGGACCGGGAGUUGCAGCCGGCGCUGGUGGCCCUGGCGGAGCGCUGCAAGGAGGCAGCGGAGCGCCGCCGCGGCCACAUGGACUCGCAGCUGCUCUGCCCUCUCAGUCAGGUGCGAUGCGCGCUCUCCCAGGUGCUCUGCCGGCUCUCCCAGGUGCGAUGCCCGCUCUCCCAGGUGCGAUGCCCGCUCUUCCAGGAGCGCAUGAGUGACCCGGUGGUGGCGGCAGACGGCUUCACAUAUGAGCGCAGCAGCAUAGAGGAGUGGCUCAAGACACGCGACACGUCGCCCGUCAACGGCCAGCCGCUGCCACACAAGUUCCUCACGCCCAACAACACUCUGCGCAUGCUGCUCAACUCCCAGGGCUAG